AUGCUCCAAAUCGAGGAUGUCUUUCUGGCCAUGGCCACGGCCUUCCGAGAUGGCCAGGACAGCCCGCCCGUUUGGAAGGCCUGCCGCUCGGCCACACACACCGCGGGUCCCGUCCUGGAACGCCUUGCGGCCCUUCGUCCCCUAGGGUCUGCGCUGGUCGAUAACUACAUGUUCAUCCGCCGUCAGCUACAGGGGCCACCCACAUCAAUGGGGGAUGCGGCAUCCCUAGACGAACGGACACUCCUCGCGCAGGAUGUGGACGCCCUGCUGGAGUGCAUCCAGCAGAAUGUCGGGCCCUUGCCGGCCGCCAAGGAGCCCUCGGCAGGCACGCGUACAGGCAAACUGCCGAUGGACAUCCGGUUAGCGGCAUCCUUGCCAGGCGUCGCCGGCGCCGUGUCCAUCAACUUGCAGCCGCUCACAUCCGGGGCCUUCGACCUGUCGCUCACCGAUGAGGAGGAUGUAUUCGACAAUUUCGAAGACGACAUCCAGCUGGAUCAGUACUUGCUGAUGACCGGCGGGUCCGGCCAUGGUGGUCAGGACGACAUCCAGCUGGAUCAGUACUUGCUGAUGACCGGCGGGUCCGGCCAUGGUGGUCAGGGUGGGAGCGGGCAUCAUGCUGUUGGGGGAUUUCGCCCGCUGGCCCGAUGCCUGGCCUGGUCUCGCGCUCAAUUCUACCUGUGCAUCGGGAGAACGUGCUCGGUGCCCGGGUGCGAUCAGUCGUGCCUGGCCACCCGCCGACACCACCGCUGGGAGCAGGCCGACGGCAAUGUCCAACGCAUCCGCGUCCUCAAGCGCAUUGGCAUGAUCAUGUCGUGCCUGGCCACCCGCCGACACCACCGCUGGGAGCAGGCCGACGGCAAUGUCCAACGCAUCCGCGUCCUCAAGCGCAUUGGCAUGAUCAUGGUUUGCGUGGCAGCAGUCAGCAUCUUCACCAUUGCCCUGAUCCUCCUCUUUCAGAAGUAA